CAGCUGCAGCUAACUUCUCUUUUUUAUUCAUUUGCACAGUGAGAGGAGCAGCAGCAAGAAAUCCCUGGAUAUAACAGGCAUCAGAUAUACACUCACUGCCAACAGCAUCUCAGCCUGGAUAUCCAAUACAGCUCAUAAACACAGCAUAUAGACACACCGUCUGCAUCAGCACAGCCUGGAUAUCUUAUACACUGGAUACUCCAUUCACUGCCUGCAACUGGAUAUAUAUAAUACAGAUCAGAUAUACAUAUUCUGCUUCCCACAACACGUCCAGGAUAUAUAGCACAUCUCAUAAAUGCAAUAUACAAGAACAUAUUGCCUGAAUCAGGACACACACCGUACCUACAACUUGAUCUAUAAAACAGAUUAGAUAUAUAAGCAUACACUGCCUGCAACUGCACUCAGUGCAUAUAUAACACAGAUCAGAUAUACUGACACUGCCUAUAAGAGCACAGCUUUAAAACAAACUGCCUCCAGUCAUACAGGUUGGGUUUAACACAGUUUCCCUAACAUAUUCACACAUCUGCACUAACACACACUAGGUAAAGUAAGGUGCACAUGCACACAGGCUAAAACAAUACAUUAUAUACAUUUCUACAUACAAUAGCACUUACUGCAUGUACAAUAUAAAUUCACUCGCUAACUGCAAUAUAUACUAACCUGAGAGACAUAUAACAUAUACACAUAGUAUACUGUACACACUCUGCCAGAUACUGCUGUGGUACACCAAGCCAUAAUCCAUAAAAAAUACACAAGACCUAUACCCUACUCCUAAACUAGACCUACACAACCUGCAAAAUUCAGUCCCUAAUAGAGCAAACAACCCACACGCAGUGCCAGUACCACUGCAAUAUCCCGGGGAUCAUGCCGGAGCUCAUCACUGUUAACGAAUUUAUUCAUGAGACUUUGGAGGAUCACAGUUCCCCCACUACCUCUUCUUUCACCACUCGGAUGGCCAGUUGCAGGAACACAGUGGGCAGCAUAGAGGAGGAGCUGGACUCUGACCGAACUGUGCUGAACAAAAUGAAGAAAGCAGCAAAAGCUAAACACAGCGCAGGUGAAGAACAUAUUACUCAUCUAGAAAAUUACAUUGCAACAUUGGAAAAGUUAUCUUCAAACUUCAGAGACAAUGGAGAAGAAGCAUUAAGUGACGCAUUUUAUGCUUUUGCUGAGCUGUCCAAAGAGCUGCUGACACCCAUGAAGAAUGUGCUGCAGAGUUUCAAUCACAACAUAAAUUACUUUCUGAAUGCAUUGGUUAAAGGGGAUUUAAAGGAAGUUAAAGGGGAUUUGAAGAAACCUUUUGAAAAAGCCUGCAAAGACUAUGAGAAUAAAUUCACUAAAAUAGAGAAGGAGAAGCGGGAGCUGGCUAAGCAGUAUGGGAUGGUGCGCAAUGAAGUAGCAGGAGGAGAGAUUGCUGAAGAGCUACAGAAGGAGCGCAGGAUGUUCCAGUUACAGAUGUGUGAGUACCUUAUUAAAGUGAAUGACAUCAAAAGUAAAAAAGGAGUGGACCUUCUGCAAAACCUCAUCAAUUAUUAUACCUCACAGUGCAACUUUCUGCAGGAAUGUUUACAAGCCACCGAGAAACUGAAAUCCUACAUCGAGGGCCUGACCAGUGAAAUGCAAAAUAUCAAGAGCAGACAAGAGGAAGAGAAAAAGCAGCUGUGUUCCGUACGGGAUCUACUGAGACCCUCAUUACAGCCAGAGCCUAAAGAGGAUUCAGUCAGCAAACAGACGGUAUACAGCAUGCACCAGCUUCAAGGAAACAUACAGUAUGGCACAGAGAAACAUGGCAACCUGUACAAAAAGAGUGAUGGUCUCCGAAAGGUUUGGCAGAAAAGAAAAUGUUCUGUGAAGAAUUGCUACUUGACUAUUGCACAUGGAACGCCAAACCGUCAACCAGCCAAACUAAACCUGCUAACGUGUCAAGUAAAGCCAAAUAUGGAAGACAGGAAAUGCUUUGACCUCAUAUCCCAUAACCGCACAUACCAUUUCUUAGCAGAAGAUGAACAGGAAUGUACAGCGUGGAUUUCUGUGCUGACAAAUAGCAAGCAGGAAGCUCUAAACAUGGCAUUUCAUGAAGUGCGAGUGAGCGAGGAGAACAGCCUAGAAGAUCUAACCAGGGCAAUAAUUGACGACAUAAAACGCAUGCCUGGGAAUUCUGUGUGCUGUGACUGUGGCGCACCAGACCCAACAUGGUUAUCCAUCAAUCUGGGCAUUCUGACAUGCAUUGAAUGCUCUGGAGUACAUCGAGAACUGGGCGUCCAUCACUCCCGCAUUCAAUCCAUCUCCUUAGAUAAACUAGGAACCUCUGAACUCUUGUUAGCAAAAAAUGUUGGGAACUCUGGAUUUAAUGACAUUGUUGAAGCUAAUCUACCAUCUCCGACUCUCAAGCCUACUACAGAUAGCCCAAUGACAUGCAGAAAAGAUUUUAUAAAUACCAAGUAUGUCCAGUGGCUGUACACAAAGAGAGGGAGCACAAAUCCGCUCACAAGGUUAUAUGAACUUCAGGAAGCUGUGAGAUUUAAAGAUAUAUUUGCACUAAUUCAGGCAUAUACAGAAAAAAUAGAUUUAACUGAGCCUCUACCCCAAGCGGCACAGGAGCCUGGAGAAACAAUUCUGCACCUGGCAGUGUUGCUAUCAGACAGAACCUCUUUACAUAUUGUGGACUUCUUAGUACAUAACAGCGGAAAUCUGUUGAAACAAACAGUACGUGGGAACACCCCCCUGCAUUACUGCUGCAUGUACAAUAAAACAGAAUGCGUCAAACUCUUCCUUCGAGCAAAAGUCAAUGUGAAAUUAAAAAAUGAAGCUGGUGAAACAGCUCUCGACAUUGCAAAGUGUCUCAAACAUUCCCUUUGUGAAGAACUGCUGAUCCAGGCUCAGAACAAUCAGUUUAACAUGCGCGUCCAUGUGGAAUAUGAGUGGAGACUACGUCAAGAUGACAUGUAUGAAAGUGAUGAUGAUCUAGAUGAGAAGUUGGGCCCUGUUAAGAAAGAGAGAACUCUACGUCCAUACAGCUGUUUCCAGUCUCCCAGCAUCCAGUUCCCAGAUAAGGGAUCUCCUUCUACAUUCUUAAGACGGGCUUCCCAGGUGUCCCAGGACCAGCGGUACGAUUCAUUUGUAGGACAGCCGUGUGCUGAAAAUACAAUGAUACCAAUGGCCCCAUUUACACCUCCUCUCCCACCACGCAACCCUAUAAGAGCACCGAAUGUACCUCCUCCACCACCCCCAGCCAGCCCUUCUCCUCCUCCUAAGAAGCUUCCCCCUACAUCCCCUCUGACAACAAAACACAAGAGGGCACUUUCAGAACCUUCACCAAUCAUCCCCCAUAGCCCUUCCAGCCAGGCCAACUUGCAUUUUGAUUAUGGUUCCUGUUGUACUUCUCCAUCCAAAUUUCUCCAAUCAGAAGUUGCAUCACGAAGACCAAGCAUUGGAUCUCCAAAGCUCAGCAGCCUACAUGAAGUGCCAGAAAUACCUCCAAAAGAUUGCAGGACAGAGGAGUAUUCAAAGUUUGGACAACAAAGAACUAUCCAGAGUAAUUCCACAUCCCCAGCAUCCUCACAAGAACUGUAUAAUAUCCCUUUGCCGAGUCAGGAGCCUCCUCUGCCAAUGCCGCGGAGAAUGAGUCUGAGCAAACCGAAGCUACGACGGGUAAAGGCUCUGUUUGAAUGCAUGGCUGAUCGAGAAGAUGAGUUGACUUUCUAUAUAGGAGAGGUAAUUGUGGUUACUGAGGAAGAAGACCAGAACUGGUGGAAUGGCUAUAUUGAAGGUCAGUUGCAUAGGAGGGGUGUUUUUCCAGCAUCAUUUGUGCAUAUAUUGACAGAUUAACACGAAAGUACAGCACAAGAUGCAGAAUGUGAAUAAUUAAUGUAUACUAUCAUCGGAUGUGCAGGAUUUUAAUACAGGGACACCCCUGGCUUUAUAUAACCUUGAACAGUGUCAAUGCUUUUCUUUGUAGACUUUGUUACUCGUGGCCUGGUGUUUGGUAAACAAGAGGUCAACUGGCAUUGAACCUCCAUUUAUUUUAGUCUUGUUAUCAUCAUAGAUGCGUCAUUGGAUUACUGCAAACAUUUUCAACAGAUCAUAUGAAGUUCUAUUAAUGUCAUUGCUUCAAAUGAUAGACAGAGUGCUGUAUACAUGCAUUAAUGUAUGUUUCAUGUAUUAUAUCAAGUAUAACAAUUUUGUGUCUCCGUUGGAUCUACCAUAUAGAAUCAGGAGUACAUCGUAUUACAGCUGUACAUGAUUUACACUUGCCAAUCCAGGUCUUUCAAGUCCACGCAACUCAACUAAUCUUCAGGGAAUGUCAUACAAAAAAAAAAAAAAUUACAAGAGAUACAAUGCUUAACUCUUUAAUUUCCCUUCCUUCUCAGAUUAGUUCCAAGUAUAUAUAUUUUUUUUAUCAUAAUUCAUGUCAAAAUAGUACAAAUAAGCUUCCACCAGCAAGGAACUGCCCAGGAUUCCACAUCUGCCAAUACAAAUCCUUGAUGCUGGUGUAUGUUAUGUUCUUACACAAUGGACAUGGAACAUGAAGGAGGCAGUUUAAAACAAAGCAAGCUUAUUAAUGGAUCGUUUUUUAAAAAAAACUGUUCAUAAAGCUCAAAUAUUUUAUUAUUUUUUUAUAAAAUAUGUCUAAAUAGUAAAUGUAUUUUAAUGUUUUAAAUAUUAUAUUCAUUGUUCAUGGCUUAACCUUUUGCUAAAUAGCAAGUGUUUAAAAAAGUUAUUUUCUAGAUCCUGCUAAUGGUAGACACUGAUUUAGACCUGUGGUCACCGGUAUUUUGCGCAAGAGUAAAGAUGAUCAUUUAAAAGAUAAGAGGUUGCACUCAGGAAGAUGCAGGAUAAAAAUAACUUUUAUUAAUUCAAUAAAACAUACAUGGGAGGUGUGAGCCAGAAAAGUCUGACGCAUUUAAUGUUGCACUGGCGUUUAAUUAUACACUUUAAAUAAUUAACGAUGAUUAUAUAUACCAUAAUAACCUACUUGUUCAUCAUAUGUAAUUUCAGUAACAAAGAAACAUUUGAAGCAACAUUAAACUCAAAAUGCACCCUCGUAAAUCCCAUACUCCAAUACUGUUAAAUCUCAAACUAGGACACAUUUCCGAGACAUGGUUAUAAAGGAUGGUAGCUAUCUUAUUUAAUAGCGACUUGUGUUCUGUUUGUGUGAUUUUUCCGGCUCUCAUAUUGCAGUAGAAAGGAAGUGCUGGUACCACAAGGUCUACAAACCUUACACAGAUGUACAGCAAUAACCACAGCAAUUAAAUACAGGGAAUUGUCACUUGUCAGUCAUAGGUCUUAAAUAGCACAAAACUGAGGCAUAAAGUACUUAGGAGAUACAUCUAAGCCAUUAAUCAUAUAAUCAUGCCUUAAAACAAAACUAUUUCUAUUUCAGUAAUAAGGUUUCUUAUAUAAGCAGAGGUUAAACCAGCUGUAAUGGGUACAAGGAGGACCUGCUACACAGCUGUUGUAAGAAAACAAGCAUGCAUAUGUUUGGUUAGAGUAAAUUAAGGAAAUAGUGCAGUGUCAGUAAUUGCAGAGCAAGAUAAUGUGUAGGAUGGCACGUGAGAGUAUUAACCCAUGACUGUUUUAUUUUAGCUAAGUUAGUUUAGAGUAGAGGUUUAGCCUGGAAAAUGACUUGAUUGGCAUUUUCUCUGGUACUAUUGGGAUCCUCAUAUGUCAUAGGUAUAACAAUGUUCUCAAUAGAAUAACAUAAGAAAGACAAUCGUCUCUCUGGAAAAGAAGACCAUGGGCCAGUACCUGCUUAUAAAUAAAUAUAUAAAAACAAACAAACAUUGCAAUGGAUACCUGCAUAAAUUAUGGUGACAGAGUGCCUUUUAAAAAGAGAUGUAGCUUUGCUGUUGUACUGGUAUCCUUAGUGAUCAAAACGAUGCUUUAAAGGUGGAAAAUACCAUUAUUUAACCCUUCCGCUAAUGCUUUUUUUCAAAAUGUGCUGGGCCCAUCAAAUUAUAUAUAAUUAAAUGAAUUUAUGCAUGUUUAUUAUUACUAGAAAAAUAUAUCAAAUAAACAAAUGUCUGGUUGGCAUCUCCUUAUCCCUGAUCUCAGCAGGCUCAAGUAUCUUGGAGAAAGUUUGGCUUUGCAUUUGUAUCUUUUUUUAUCUCCACAUAAUCGGCAAUAGGCAGUCAGACAGUGUGCGUUUUUACUAGCCGCUUCCUACCUUGUAAUGUGCAUUAAUCCAGUGCUAGGACUGAAAUAUUUUCUUUCUUAUUUCAAAGUAUUGAAAGUUACCCAUUCCAUAUCUGUAUAACUGUGGGCAGAGAUUCUCUAAUGUAUAUAAAUAUUCACGAUUUGUAAAACGGAAGUACUAAACACCAGUGAGCUAAUCUGAUUUAUAACAAUGAAGAAACAGGGUGCUUCAAGUACUAUUCUUCAAGUAUUUUACAUCUGUGAAGACAUAAUUAGAGUUUAUUAGAAUGUCAUGUAAACUGAAAAAUUACACUAUAAAAAUCUUGCAGUAUUCUAUCUGACCUUUUCUGAUAUGCGUUUUAGACAUUAAAGGGACACUGAACCCAAUUUUUUUCUUUCGUGAUUCAGAUUGAGCAUGACAUUUUAAGCAACUUUCUAAUUUACUCCUAUUAUCAAAUUUUCUUCUUUCUCUUGGUAUCUUAAUUUGAAAUGCAAGAAUGUAAGUUUAGAUGCCGGCCCAUUUUUGGUGAACAACCUGGGUUGUCCUUGCUGAUUGGUGGAUAAAUUCACCCACCAAUAAAAAAGUGCUGUCCAGAGUACUGAAACCAAAAAAAGCUUAGAUGCCUUCUUUUUCAAAUAAUGAUAGCAAGAGAACGAAGAAAAAUUGAUAAUAGGAGUAAAUUAGAAAGUUGUUUAAAAUUGCAUGCUCUUUCUGAAUUACAAAAGAAUUUCUUUGGGUACAGUGUCCCUUUAAGCAACUUUCUAAUUUACUCCUAUUAUCAAAUUUUCUUCAUUAUCUUGGUAUCUUUAUUUGAAAAGCAAGAAUGUAAGUUUAGAUGCCGGCCCAUUAUUGGUGAACAACCUGGGUUGUUAUUGCUGAUUGGUGGAUUAAUUUAACCGACCAAUAAACAAUUGCUGUCCCGGCUACUGAACCAAAAAAAUAGCUUAGAUGCCUUCUUUUUCAAAUAAAGAUAGCAAGAGAAGGAAUAAAAAUUGAUAAUAGGAGUAAAUGAGAAUUUUGCUUAAAAUUGCUUGUUCUAUCUGAAUCACAAAAGGAAAAAAUUGGGUUCAGUGUCCCUUUAAUGAAGUUCAGCCAUUGAGUUUUUUAGCUCUGCGGAAUUGGCGCUCUACAAAGAAAAAUAGUAAUAAUGACAACAAUUCCAGUUGCAGGCCAACUACAUCUACAAUCAGUUCUUGGAUGCAUCUGUUGUGUUAAAUUUUCAGAACGUUCUAGCAGUGGAGGGGUUAAAUAAAUUGGUGUUAACAGCAUUCCAUAUGUGGGUUGCUCACUGUUACUUGCUGUACAUAGGAUAAAUCUAUAUUAUACCAGGUAAUAUAUAUCUUUAUUUAUGCAAAUACUGUUUACUGAGCAAAUAAACUGAUUGUACCAACA